AUGAAAUUGUUCAUUUUAAUAGUGUUGUUUAUUUUCUAUAAAUGUUUGAUCUGCUUUGCUUCAGAGGAUAAAAAUAUCCCGUUAAAAAUGUAUUCAGAAAAUACUGUACAUCCAAUACAACAUCAACAUGUGGAUAGUUUUGAAGAGGAUAAUUGCAAUUCUCUUUUACUUCAAAAGGACAAGCAUGGAAAAAAUUGUGACACAAACUUAAGAAUCUUUAAUAAGGAAAGUAAUGGGAUACAUUUUAGUACGUCGAUUAAAAUUUUUGAAGAAAUUCCCAUUCUGUCGGAAUUUGCAUUCGAACGCGAUGCAACAGAUAUCGGGGAGCAAGAAGAGCCGUCAGAUUUGCCGUUGGAGAUGCAGAAAAAAAAACAGCCAUCGGCAUCCAGAUACGAAAAUAUGACGACAACGUUAUCUGCCGUCGUUCCCUUUCUUGAAAUCCCCAGAGGAGAUGAUAUGCGCGUUCAGGAAUUAAGACUGGAUGAGGAGUACUUGGUAUUCGGAGCGUUCUCGGCGCUAAUGGGAUUUUUACAACCGACUGGAUUUCCGACAGAACUGCUCAGAGAUGUCUUCAGAAACCGUGUGCCGUUUUAUUUACUAACGUUUCAGGUUCUUAAAAUGGACAUAACGGUUGUUGUCUGGGUAAUAAUUUGGGCUAUAGUGUCAUUAUGUUUUCCGAUGGCCCUAGCGACUCAGCUGUGCUGUCCCGAUGGCGUGCAAAGAUUGAACGACGACUACUCGAUUGGACCGUUUCUAUCCACAGACAAAUGCACAGAAAAAUUUUUAGGAUAUUUGCUUCAUAUUCUUUUGGCCUUGUUGAUUCCAGCCAUCAUUCUCAUUUUAGCGAGCAACGAGCAAAUGUCAAGAUCGAUAUCGAGGGCUCCGCUCUCAGCGAAUAUCGUUUACGACGAUAUCAACGCUUUUCUCAGAAACACACACAUGCAAAUCUCUUUCGUCCUUUCCUCCUCGACGGACAUCGCCAUCGAGAGUAUUCGAAGAGACUUGGAAGCCGUAGAAGAUCUUCUGGGCCAACCUUUACAACAAGAACUCGGAACUGAAAUCGGAAUCGAUCUGGCCCUGAUAGAUUUAGAAGAGUUGAGAUUAUCAACAUCGCAAGUAACUUCGAUGGUUUCCGACCUUUUUACCGACUGUACAGCAGCCAAAAUCGCAGGAAUCGUCUUAGAGGAAAAACUGCAUGAAAUAUCGCGACAACUUACCGUGGUGAAGCAACAGUGUAACGUCAAGGACAGAGCUCUGUGUUAUACAUUGCAGUAUUCUGGAUUCGAGGUAUCUUCUUUCGAAAACCUAACGAACGAUCCAAAAAUGCGACAUUUGGAUACCCUGGCACGAGAAGAAAGUUUGAAUGGCAGUAUCGAAGCGGCUCGAGAAACUUUUGCGUCGAUUCCCGAUCAAGUCGCCUUGGAAACAACUUCCUUCAUAACAGAAGCAAGAACGAUUCUGGGUAGGAAGAGAACCGAAGUUUACAAAUCAACUCAUGCCUUGGACGUCUUGACAAGGUCCCUGUCAGAAACACUAAGGGUCAGCCAGGAAUCCAGUUUAGCGAUUAUACGCAAUGUGGUUAAUUUGGAUUUCUGGAGAUGGCUUUGUAUUCUAGCAACUGCUACCGCAAUAUCUCUAGUUUGGAGCGUUUUACUUUGUGGAGCUCCAUGUGGUUGUGGAAUUACAUCUAGAACUAUUACAUUACUGUUACUAGGUACGAUAUUGUCUUCGAUAUUAUGCAUGUUCGUAUGGGCAUUGGGAUCAUUAUUUGCAUUCGCCGGUGGUCACGCUCAGGCGUUCAUUUGCGACCCGCUUUUCGAUUCGCCGGAUUACUCCGUGCUCGGUGAACUUUUCGACUCGGGAGGUACGUUUUAUGAAGACGGCGUUUUCGAGCAAUUUACUCAAGGAAAUGAUACCAUCCGCUUAGCUAAUGUUUUAAAACAAUGUCAAAGAUAUUAUCCGGCGUACAAGACUUUUCACUUAAAUAAUACGAUAAAUAUUGACAGCAUUGCAAACCACAAGCAUUGGGAUGACUUGGCGAUAUUAUUUUCGAAUCUAACCAAAAGCGAAUACGUUCUGGAAAUAUUGAGUCCUUCUUUACAACUUGGACUACAGGGUCUAUCAAGUGCGACUUCUAUUAAUCUGACAUCCUACAGACUGGAAGCAUCGGCACCGAUUACCAAAAAAGAUCUGAAUUCGUUUGCUGACCAACUGAAUACUGUGGCACGUCAAGUCAACGACGCCGGUACUGCAAGAAAAAUCGAUAAUCUCGCGUUCACCGUGAGAAAAAUUAUUCAAAAUGACAUGAGGAAAAGCCAAGAAAUCAAAAAUGUGAUUACGUAUAAAAUAACGGCUUUGGAAGUUUUGCUGCCGCCUUUGAACAAUCGCGUCAAUCGAUCGUUGGAGAAUUUGAGGAGUGUUCAGUACUUUUUGGAUAAUCAUGGAUUUCAAAUAGCCCAAAAGGUGAGAAGUCGAUUUAUCGCCAGGCUGACUAGUUAUCUGGAGGAUCUUUUCAAUUAUGUCAGUAACAAGGUAUCCAAGGAAAUAGGAAAAUGUCGACCGCUAUGGGAAAUUUUUCAUUCGACUCGAUUUUACGUUUGCAAGCUAAUUGUGGAUCCGGUGAAUGCAAUAGCGUUUUCAAGCUUCCUAGUGAUUAUCCUGUUUAUAACAAUAUCACCAGUUGUUUUAAAAUUAGUGGAAUAUUAUAAACAGUACGACAAUGAAGUAUCAUCCCUUUCAUCAAGAAACGGACUACUAGACGCGGAAAGCGCCUGGGCUUCUCCGACGUCAGGAACUCCGCCAGAGAUACAAUUAGCGGAAAGCGUGCCACCUGUGUCUUACGAGAGGCCGACGACAUCUACGUGGACUAGUCCCACUCCACCGAGGCAACCUUCUCCACCACGCCGAAUUCCUCCACCUCCAAGGCCUCCACCAAUUACUCGAGUUCAUUCAAGGAUCCCAGAAAUUUCAACUACAAAAUCUCCUAAAAUUAAAAUAUCUGCUAUUUCUUCAAGGAUAUCAAAGGCUAGACAGUUAACACAGAAGACAAUAAUUGGUCCAAGGUCACCAAGAAGAGGUCAUCGAAACCAGGAGUCAUUGAGAGCUGUCGAUCCAAUUUGUUGGAAAACAGG